AUGCCUAUAAACCUUGAUCUAACACAGAAUGAUAAUGUACCUUCAAAGUCCGAUAUUAUUUUACAGCCCUUUGCAAGCUCUCCCCUUGAAGUUUUAGAGGACACCGAUACAGAUGAUUCUUCUCCGGCCAUCGAUGAUGAGAUCCAACUUAAGUACAAGAUAUGGAAAAAAAAUACUCCUCUACUCUAUGAUUACAUACAAACAAGCACGUUACUUUGGCCUUCUAUGUCUGUGGAAUGGUUUCCUGAUGUGGAAUCACAUGGUAAUGUAAAUAUUCAAAGGUUGUUGCUUGGAUCAUAUUCAAAUGGCUAUAACAGCUUUGAGAAUUUACAGCUCUGCACCAUCAAAGUUCCCAAAAGUGUCGAAGGACUCACAUUGAAAGAUUGUGAAUUCGACUCUGAUAAGCACGAGUUUACAACAUCCAAUUACCCUAUAGCAAAUAAUGACGGAAACUGCAAAGGAGCGCUUCAUAUGGUGCAGCAGAUUCCCCACCAAGGUGAUAUUAAUAAAGCCAGACUGAUGCCACAGAAUCCAGAUUUACUGGCUACAAUUUCAAACAAUGGUUCUGUGAAUGUUUUUGAUAGGACCAAGAAACCAAAUGGCUGCGAUUCCCGAGAACUGUCCAAGAGCAGAAAGGUAUUUGAUGACGAAGAGGAGGAGAGCACUUGUCUUUCUGACAUUAAACUUCAAUUUCACACAGGCGACGGAUGGGGGCUUGAUUGGAACAAAUUUAAAGAGGGUGAACUAGUAACUGGUGCCAGCGAUGGCUCUAUAGCACUAUGGGAUAUUAGGGACGGAUUCAAAAAGCCACAAAGAUCUUCAAAUGCAGUUACUGCUACUAGCCACAGAAAAUUCAAGACGUGCAUUUUGUCCCCGAUAUCUACACUAUUUUGCCAUGACUACGGUGUUAAUACUGUUCAGUACGUCUGGUUCCAUGACUCUUUAAUUGGGACCGCAGGCGAAGAUCAUAAAUUCAAAAUGUUCGAUACAAGAUCACUCGAUGGGAAUCCCGUAAUUCAGAUUACUCUUCAACAUCCUAUAAAUACCCUGGACUUCAAUAAACAGGAUCAGUAUGGACUGGUUCUAGGCGACGAUAAGGGUAACUUGUUAAUAGAGGAUAUUAGAUAUCCUGAAAGGCCUCAGAUCGUUAUUUCCAACGCUCAUAGCGAUUCAAUUACAGCUGUCGCAUGGAAUCAUGAGUAUGGCAAUAUUUUAGGUUCAUCUUCUACUGAUGGAUUAGUCAAACUCUGGAAGUUUGGUUCUGGCGAAAGCAGUACUAUUGAGCACAAACUUAUAUUUACCCAUGGUGGUCAUAUGCUGGGAGUUUCUGAUAUAGCAUGGAAUCCUAACGAUCCUAAGAUGCUUGCCAGUUGCUCUGAUGAUAACUCAGUGCAUGUUUGGAAGCCUUCGCAAGCCGUCUUUUAA